UUUGCUCAGUGUAGCCCUUAAACAGUGGAAAACAUUAUUUUCCCUUUUUGGAGGCUUCUUUGUUGAGAAAAAGUGAAAAUUCCAGACGCGUUUCUGGAGUAGAAGGAGUGAAGUUGGCAGCGAUGGCGGCCGCAAGCAGCGGCGAACGCGGCGAAAGCAAUCGGCAAUUCUCGGAGCUGUCAAAGUUGCCGAGUGACGAUGCGUCCUUUCCCGUGCUUUCGCGUGGGAAAAGAAAAAGAGCAACGAUAACAAUGGAUUUGAACAAACUCUUCACGAAUAGCCAUGAAGCGAAGCGCUUUAUCAUUGCGGAAAGCCUCGAGAAGACGGACUUCUUAAGCAUCUCGUGCUUCAAGGUGAAGAGAACUCUCGACACUGUCUGUGGAAAAAUCCCUCACUUCCAGCCCCUGUCCAAUGGAAGUCUGUUGAUUCAGGUCAACAGUAUUGAACAGGGCCGAAAAAUGACGGAAAUUAAUGAAAUCGACGGCAAAAAAGUGAGAUUUUCUUGGCAUCCUUUCCUGAAUCAGAGCAAAGGCGUCAUCUCAUGUUUUGCAUUUACGAAAUUCGCUGAUGAGGAACUGAAAAAGGAACUGGCAGCUUUCAAUAUCACUGAAGUGAAGAGAAUAAAAAGGAAAAUCGUCGAGGAAGGGAAAUUGGUGCUCAAAGACACCGGGUCGUUUAUAGUGACCUUCAACCAGCCAGAACUUCCCAAGACAAUCAAUGCUUACUACCACGCAUUGAAUAUCAAGCCAUAUAUCCCCAACCCGAUGAGGUGCCAGAAAUGUCAAAGAUAUGGUCAUCAUGACUCAAAAUGCAGAGGAAAAGAAGCAAUCUGUGGAUCCUGCUCCCAAAUCAAACACGAUGGAGAAUGUACACAUCCAGUAAAGUGCACCAGUUGCGGUGAGGGACACGUUUCUUGGUACAGGAAGUGCAGAGUGUUCCAAGAGGAAUUUGAGAUCCAGAGAAUCCGAGUGAUGACAAAAGUGUCAUAUAUUGCAGCCAAGAAGGAAUUCAAGGAGAAGAAGAGGAUGUACUCCUCUUUUGCCAACGUCGUGUCUAGCAACUCCCGAGUUUCUCCAGACAAUAAUGGCAAUAGAAAACCCCCAGCGCAAUAUCCUAGAAAGCUUAUUCAGGGUGAGCACAUGGAGAAUGAGUCCAUUGGAAACUUGAACAACAAGGCAACCGGAAUUGCAUUCAAAUCCAGAUCAUCUGAGGGACCUUAUGUGACCGACAUUGCAGAAGCGGAGAUAUCUAGCCCAUUCAUCUUCCACGGAAAGACGAAUACCCAGCCUGAAACAACUGAGAAAAGGACAGAGCAUCACUCUGCACCAAUUCCUUCCGACUCCGGAUCCGGAGAUGGCGUCCCUCAGAAGGGCGCCGGUAUUGAAGAAACGAUGCGGGAGACAGCAAAUCUACUUGCAUCAGCAAAUAAGAUGGACGGAAACUCCUUUAACAAAUAAACUUAGACGAAUCUGUGAUGUACCUUAUGGAUAUAAGUAUAGUGAUGAUGUGCCUAGAAAACAUGAAGUAAUUCUCAAUAGAGUUAGAAUUGGGCACAGUAGAUUAACCCAUUCAUAUCUAAUGAAGAAAGAACUACCACCUGUUUGUGACUGUGACAAUUCCACAUUAACUGUGGAGCAUGUUCUUAGUAAAUGUAAAAAAUUUGAAAGUGAGAGAAACAAUAUUUUGAAAACUAGUGACUUAAAAAUUAUUCUUAGCGCUAAAUUUGAGAAAAAACUUUAUGAAUA